AUAUUUUUCCAUCGCCAGGAAUCGAUUAGUAGCCGUCAAGUCUACAAUAACGAAGCAGCAGUAGCAUUAGGAGCAGCAAGUGUGCAAGUGUUUGGAGUUGUGUGUAUACAACGGAGUGAUUGAGUGUACACACGGGAGAGUGAAUGAGGCACAGAAAUAUCUUGAACGGAGAGCGAGCGAGUUCGGUAGAGUGUGUGCUGGUGUAGUGUGCCAGAGGCUUUUGUUCAUUGGAGCUGCGAAGGAGUUUUGAUUAGUUCGUGUCUUUCGUGCAAGAUAUCUAGAAGAAGCAAAUCGUAGAGGCCAUUGUUGUACAGACACUUCCGUGGGCGUCCAGCAAAAGAGCAGUAAGCCUUCAGAGGAACUUGUAGAGAUACCAGGAUAAACCGUGAAAAUUUGAGUGUAGUGCGCUUCGAGAAGGUGAAUCAAUCCCAGCACUACUGCAGUCAGUAUUUGCGGCUGAAGGGUGGUGCCCUUGGCAGAAGCGUGAAAAAUAAAAGUGGAUUAGCAGCAAAAACGAAGCGCCAUUAUUUCGUUUGUGAUUCGUUUUCUAAAAAUCAGUGCGUCAAUGGUAUUCCCCCCGCGGAGAUAAAGUACCUGAAUGGUUUCGAACGGUAACGGCAGCCGAGGAAGUGAGCCAAAAGUGGACCAGCUUUUAUUCCUGUGAAGAGAAAAAAUCAGUCCGAACAAAAACGAUGACGCAGUUUUUGUUUUGAUCAUUUUUGCCUUUAUUCACUGCUUUUUCUUCAAGACAACAAGGAAAAAUAUGAAUGUUGGGUGCACAGUAGGAAAUUUACCUUUUAACUAUGUCAAGGCAGCGACAAAGGGGAACGAGAAAUCAUUGAGAACAUUACCCCCGCCGGAUCACCAAUCUGAAGACACAAGGAAAAAAAUGCCAAUUCUCAAUCAGCGUGUUCGUGCUGGCAAAUGGAUAGGUUAUUCAUGACUGAGAAGCUUAAAGAAAAUACUGAUGCGCGGAGCUUUGGUGCAAUGUUUUCCAUGCUUCUUCAGGGACUCAUGGGGAUUGGAUGGAUCUGGAUGCAACGAAGAAAGUUCCACAAAAAUAAUCAACAGAGGUCAGCAGAACACUAUUAGAUGAGUCGUAGAAGUUUUGUCUACUUAGCUAGUAGCAACCACAGAUCCCCUGAAAACGAUGCAGUGAAGAAGAAGUUUUGCAACAAUUGUACCACGUCUUCCAGUUGAGGUAACAAGGAAAUCGCAACUGAAAAUGUCCGCCGAUUCUCAGCGCCGAUCAGCAUCCAGCGCGGGUGCGGCGGGUGCGCGUUGCAUGCCGGCCAUCGUUCCACCGCAGGCCGUUAGUGACCGGUCGAUCAUCGACAGUGUGACUGGAUUUAUCAACGAUGUAACGUUGCAGGCGCAAGCGGCCCAGGGCGACGGCAAGGACCACAUCGUGUGGGCCCGGUUCGAGAAUGCCGCCGACGUCAGCGAUCCCUGCAUCGGGGACGACUGGGAGAUGGAGGGCGGGGUCGCACCUCCACUCCUGCUGAUACUGGGCUAUGUCACCGGAAUUCAGGUAUGGGCCAUCCCCGCAAAUGGGGAAGCAAUCGAGGUGCUUUCGUGGCGUCACGGCAGUGUCAAAUGCCUGCGGGUUCUUCCGACUCCUACGCCCGGGGAAAGCGAAUGCGCUACGGAACCCAACGAUCAGUACAUACACAAGCGGCCACUAAUCGCUCUCUGUGAGUCGGCCAACGCGAGUGGUGGAGGUAGCGGAUCGAGCACCCAAUCGCAAUAUUGUGCGAUCAAUUUCAUAUCACUAAAGGAUGGGGAUACGGUGAAAAGUAUCAAGUUCAAGAAUCCGAUCGUGGAUAUACUCGCAAAUCGAACAUCCCUGGUGAUCACAUUCCCGGAGCGGAUUGCCAUAUUCGAUGCGCGCACGUUUGAGGAUCGACUGACCGUUACCUCGUGCCAUCCAAGUCCGGGGCUGAUUCCUAACCCGGUAGCACUCGGGCAGCGCUGGAUCGCAUACUCGGAGAAAAAGUUACUCUCAUCGAAACGCUCCAGCGGAGGUUGUGAUGGGGACGGAGGCACUAGCUAUACGGCCACCGUGUUGAACGCCGCCAAGACCUUGGGCAAAGGUUUACGAGAGCUCGGAGAACAGAUGGCUGCCGGGCUCACAGGUGGUUCCCAUUCGGGUCCUAGUUCUAUCACUGGAUUGGUUAGUGGUUCUGGCGGAGGUGUGGCGAACGAUGGCAAUCAGCAGGGAGUUGUGACGAUACUUGACAUCAAGUAUCCAAUAGAUGAUUUGAGUCCCACUACGGGAAGCAGUGUGGCCAGUACCGGGAAUGAUCCUAUCGUAGCGCACUUUUUGGCCCACACGGAAGCGAUUGUGGCGAUGCAGUUCGAUGCAUCGGGCAUGCUGCUGUUGACAGCGGACAAACGGGGACAUGAUUUCCACGUCUUUCGGAUCCAUCCACACCCGGGUGGACCUUCCCUGGCAGCGGUACACCAUCUGUACAUUCUCCAUCGGGGUGACACUACCGCAAAAGUGCAAGACAUUGCAUUCUCGCUGGACUCACGAUGGGUAGCGGUCUCGACGCUACGAGGGACAACGCAUGUCUUUCCGGUGACACCGUACGGAGGCCCAGCCGGUGUCCGUACACAUGGUUCGCCCCAUGUUGUAAAUAGAUUAUCAAGAUUUCACCGUUCCGCCGGGUUGUCGAUCGAUGGGCGAUCCAGCAGCCCGGUAUCCCAUCUGGAGCAUCCCCUGUCGCACACACCAACAUCCGCUUACUCCAAUCCACGAAUUCCCCCGUUUCCUCAUCCUACGGUCGUACAGCCACUCGCACAGCUCCGUCAGCCAUCAAGUCUGACCACUCAGUCGGCGGGUGGUGCAGGCACCAAGAGCACCAGCAGUGGCGGGCGUCAACGGCACGCAUCUUCCUCGUCGGAUGAUCUGCUGAAGCCGAUGCGUGUGUAUGCCACAUUCGCCAAGGCACGCUCGUGGCUACUCGAUCCACCGGGAACGGCUCGCGAUACCCCGGCUCAUCGCAUGCAGAGGAAACCGGUGGAUUCGUUGUUCAUAAUGGCAGCUCACGGGGCACUUAUUCAGUAUGAUCUGGAUCCAAAACAUGUGGCCAACAUCCCCAAAGAAAAGAUCUGCGAUGAUACACCGAUCGAGCUGGAGGUGGAAGCGAAGGCGCAAUGGACGCUGCAGCGACAGGAAAGCGCUGCCGCUAGCGACAUUCAACCGCCGCUUUCGUUGGACAACUGGCUGAUCAGGGAUCGCUUCCUGGAAGAGGUUGGUGCCGAUGGGGGAAGUGACUGCGGGAGCUUUGAUCACCACCACCGCGGCGGUGGUGGAGAUCAUCGUGGUAGCACUAGCAGCAUAGAUCACGACGAUCGGUGGCUGUCCCAGGUGGAAAUUAUCACUCACGCUGGGCCACAUCGCAGGCUGUGGAUGGGACCACAAUUUAUGUUCAAAACAUACCACACGCCCAGUGGAUCUCCUCUUACGUCGAUCGACACUGAAUCGGUGGAGAUUGGUGUUAGCAGCAAUGCCAACCGGCCGAUUCGUUCCAACCCCAUGAAUAUGCCCGUUUCUGGAGGUAGGAGGCAUUUGGUACCUGUACUCAUUGAAUCUGGAUCAUGUAGCAGCUUCGAGCAGAGUCCGCGAAUGAUGACCAUGACUGAGUUUCGUCAUCUGGAGAAUCUUGACGUGGACACGUUUUCCUCGCUGGGCCCAGUCGAGUCCCAGCUGCGCGAGGAUCUCGCCGAUGCUAUGCGCGAAUCGCCAUUGAUCUCAGGACGAGACGCAACAGGCUACGCGAGCGCCACACCCAUACCAGCCGGGUUGUCUUCGGUGUCCUCUUGCUCCUCCACCUCAAUUUAUUCUUCGACGCACUCGUUGAAUUCGAUUUGCGAUCAGAAGCUGCCACCGCCAACGUCGGCCCAUUCGUCGCAGCAUCCGCACGGCCUUUCGGUUAAGCAUCAUCAUCUGCACCAUCAGCUGAUCGAGCAGCAGCACCUCGCCCAGCAGCAGCACUCGUCCUCCCUUCCGACGAGCUGCUCGAGGCCGGCUUCGGUAGCGAGUAGCCGAGCGUCGGGUUCGAUCACGAUCGCAAAGGUCGUCAAUCCGCUGGGAACGGUGACCACGGUGUGUCCCGAUGAGCUGGAGCUGACGGCAGCCGCACGGGCGGCUCGCGAUAGCGACAUGUAUAUGCACGAGAACUGUGACGAAGCACUGUUCCGACCGGUGGUUACCGUUCACGGUACGAUCGGUGAAGAGCUCGAUCGCCGGGGUUCUUCGCUAGAUCGGCUGAGCUCGGCCCCGGCCGUUACCAAUUUGAUCAACCGUGAGCUUAUUGUGCCAGUGAUCGAGGAGAAAGAUUUGGUGUAUUUCAGCAAGACGAAGAGAAAGGAAGAGGAAGAUUUGGCCAAGUUCGAGGAGCUUUCGAGCAUCAACAAGCUUAGCAAGAAGGAACCGAAAGCCGAUAAAGAAGCUCCGCCGGUGGCGGUCGAGCAGAAAAUGAUGGACGAUUUUGUGAACAUAGAAGUCACUAAGUCGUCCUCCACAGCGGAUAAGGAAAAGGCCAGGAAUGAAAGGAAGAAAAAAGCAGACUCGGAGGUUAUCGAAGUCAUCGAAAUAGUCGACUCUGUUGGAGGUGAGGUGACGCUACCACCGGUUGAGAAGACAGCUCGUAGCAAAAAGAAGGAGAAUGGAAAGAAGAAAGAGGAACCGAAGCGGCAGCAGCAGCAGCAGCAGCAGCCGCAGCCGCCGCAGCCGCCGCAGAGACACAGCAAAUCACCACCGGUGGAGACGAAACCGCUGAGAAAUGCAGCUAGCAGCAGCGGUGUCAGCCCGGGCACCAACAACAGGAAAGAACCUAAACAAGACAAUCGAAAGCGUAAAGAAAAGCGUCAAUCUUCCCCCUCGCCACCUCCACUACCAACAACUCCGCCAAUGUCAGAACCGGAGCCGCCGGAGCCCGAAUCCUCUGUAGCUCGAACUCUGGCGGAGUUCUGUGGCCAGGCGGAGGAUGAAAUGCUCAAGUCGAUCUGCGACGAGUUUCCACCCUUGGAAGCGUUGAAAAUUGAUGAUUUGGAACUUUUUGGCGAAGCGAAUGAACCGGAAAAUCUAAAACUGACCCGGACGGAAAUAAGUGUUCAGGAAUCAAUGCUCGCUUCCAGCGGGACCGGAAACGACGGAAAGGUGCUGGUGGCAGGUGGUUCCGAGAUAGCGGCGAGAGGUGGCAUCGGGGGGAGAGCACAAAGCACCGAAAAAGAAUACAAAAGUAAGAAGAGUAUUGUAGGUGACGUUUCUAGCAGCGAGGACGACCGGAAAUCAACUGCGAGGGAGGAUGAGUUUUAUGAUUUUUCUUCCCGUUAUGAAACAGAUUUUGCGCGACCGACUUCGCCACUGGAACCGUUUGUUUGCAGGGAUUUUAAGAAAUUAGGAGUUGAUGGUGGUGAUAUCAGGAAAAAUUCGGCGGUAUUGAGGCAACCUAGCGAGGAAAAAACAUUAAUCAAUUUCGAGAGUCCACUGCAUGAGGAAGUAGGCGGUGAGUUGUCGGCCAGAGGCAAAUCAAUUCUGUUUGGGAAAGACAUCGUGUUCGCUAUGUGCACGAGCUUGCGUGAGGUGACCCCAUCGGAAAUGGGCGAAUCCAGUAGCGCUCAGCAGUAUUCGGAAGGAUGCAAAAGUCUCACAUCAUCGAUGAUACAGUCCGAGUCAGCCGCUUUGCGGCAGCAGAUCUCCGUCGAGGGACCAGACUCAGACUACAAAAGUCUAGAGCUGGAGGUAGAUGACUGUGCCAUAUUAACCUCUCAGCUGCCCAUAUCGUCGGCCUCGGAUGAAGACACCUCCAACUCGAACAACGAAGAGGAAGAGGUUAAGAUUGUUAGAAAGCUUCCGCUGGUCGGCGCCUCCUCCGCCGUCGACGACGAGGAUGAAGAGCUGCAGCCACUGAUCUCCAGCAGCAAAACAUCGUCUUCGUCGCUCUCGACCACGGUCAUCAGUACAGUGGCCGGAGUAGCAGGGCCUAUGGACAGUCUCAGUAGCUCCAUGACCACUUCCGGCAUUGUGGCAGCGGUCGGAAGUCCCGCCAAGACACCAACACGUAUAAUAACAACAUCAACAACACUGCCAACAACGGAAGCGAACCAAAGUGAGGACAGCGACAAGCAGAGCGCAACAGCAGCAGACAAACAGACCAACAGCGGCAGCAGCAACAAUAACAUCGGCGGGAGCAAUGGCAACGGCAACGGCAAGAAGAAAUCGAAGAAGAAGCGCAAAUAAUUAGCGGCGCGACAAAUGAUGCUGCUAGCGGAGACCACGGGUUACGCCGUCGCGCUACUCGCCGCAUCAUUGUUGGUUUUGCUCGUGCUAUCUUAUCUGCUGCUAUUGCAGUUCUGCUAUGCGUUACUGUUAUAUUUAUUGUAUGUUUACUAGGAACCUUACACACCCUGUUCUCGUCUUAGUUUUUUUUAUCUGCUUUCUGCGUUCGAUUUUCUCCGCGACAGGGAAAUCAGAGGGAGUUUAUCGUCUUCUUCCAGUAUAGUUCAGUUAGCUAUUGUUUUUUAAAUAGUUGAUCUUACUUUCGGCAGAUAGGAGGGUAUUAUAACCACAACGCAACGGUAUUUAUCACUUUUUGUAAUGCAAGGAGGCCACAGCAUGAAUGGAGGUUAUGUUUUGCAAUCGUGUUGAAUCGAUUUACUUUUAUGACGAAGGCACUAUCGGAAGUUGUUGAUUGUAUACAGAAAAGUAACGAGAAUCUUACUUUCACUUCAUCUAUGUGUUUCUUUCACGUUCAAUGAACAAUAUAAAGUUUGAUUCAUAUAGAAUCCGGAAUCAAAAAACCAGUUGUAUCUAGGGACUGGUUAAAGGUACAAGAAAUCUCUUCAUAUAAAAAUGCAAAUAAUUUAUUGAAAAAAAAAAUAAAAAAAAUAUUCCUUUACAGUCACGAUGAACUUCUGUACUUUUCUUUGGAUAUCCUCCAUCAAAGUUUGGACGCUCUGGUGGUCAACUUCAGCGGCCUUUUUAUUCUUUGAUCUCUUCAUGUCUACAGCAUCCCGAGUAACUUUGGCAUCCUAUUUCAAUUUCUGCUUGACAGUUGCCCAAUAUUUUUCGAUUGGGCGGAAUUGGGGACAACCGGGAGGAUUAAGGUCUGUUUCCAAUGUAAUGGACCCCAUUGUCAGGUACCACGGUAGUGGCUGCUUGCCUAAUCUGGCCAAAACUUCCCCGGAAUUCUAUUUUAAAUCCUUACCAAUAUUGGGAAGUUGUCCGGCAAUUGCAGGUUGUCAUUCUUCAAUAAGAGCCUUGCUUGAAGCAGUCGUUCUGCUAUUAGUUUUACAGGUUAUUCAAUAUGCGAUCCAACCGAUGCAUAUGCAUGCAGAUGUUUGAGGACGAUAAAAUGCUUGUUGGGCCGUCUAGGUCAACGACUAAUGGUAGAUCAGAAGUAAGCUUCAAACGAUUCUGUCCUGGCUAUUGCAACUUCUGUAUCGUCUGGGCGUAUUGUAGAAGAAAGUACUCCUUGGAAACAGAUCGCAGAAAACCGACACAUCGAUAUACCUCCAAUUUUCUUCCCAUCGUCUCUUGUCGGUUGUCCAUUGACGUUUAUGUGUUUCAGAUUUGUCUUAACUUCAUCUCACGUUUGCAUUAAAAAAUAACUUUUUUAGGAUGGUGAUAAAAAAAACUAAGACAGAUGAUUAAGAUAAUAUUAGCUUACUUGCGAAAAGAAAAAAUUCUACGCCCUUGCGAGCGGCCUUCCGGCAGUUAACCGGAACAUUCGCCAUGGCGGACGAAAACCUGCGUGUAGCCAUGUUUUUGAGUUCUUACUUCGUUUUAUUUAUCAAUUCCUUCUCAGUUUUCGCAACAAAAUUGUUGGAGUAGAUCUGGAGGUUUGCCCAAAAAUUCUCGAUGGGACGCAGCUGGGGGAUGUUGGGCGGGCUCGCCAACUUAGGUAGCACAUCGAUAAUCAGCUGCUCCAUCUCCUCUUCGCUUCGCUUCGAGUAGUGGGUAGUAUUUGUAGUAAAUAAAUGAGUAUUUUUUCAUGCUAAAUUUCUACAACGAAUACUUUAGAUGGUACAGAUUUUUGGUACAUAUUUUUGGAUGAAAAAGUGCAGAUGAGAAAGAUUUUUAACCCCUCUGGUACAGAUUAAAGUGUGGCAACACUGGUAGCCACUUUUCCCUCGAUAAUCCAUUUCAGCAUCCUUUGGAGCUUCUUGUCGCUCAGGGUCGUCGGCAGUCCGGAACCGGGCUUUCUUUCGAUACUCUGAUUGUUGCCCAAUAGUGCCAAGAUGUUGUAGAUGCCGGAACGGGCGUAUCCGGUGUCCAAAAAGUGCCGCACGAUGUCCGUUUUCGACGCGGCGGGGUACCGUUCUUUGAACGCGCACACUUCUGAACGGAGUAGCUUCACUGUUUUCGCCAUCACGUUUCGAGUUCGACUGAUAGAGCUGGCAAUUUUUUUUCUGCUGGCUCAUGGGUUACUAUGAUUGAUGCUGUAUGGACAGGUUCGUCUGUGUGUGUGAAGGUAAACCUAUGAAAAAUUGAUAAUUUUCGUCCAUUUUUUUAAUGCAAACGUUAAUUUGGGACGUUACUUUCGUUAAAAAAAAUACGACAAGCCCCCAUGUCCAAGAAAAUGAUAACGUCCAUAGUUCGUAUCCCCGUUGUGGAGCUUGAUUGGGAUGCUGUCCGAGUUAGGCAUGAAACUAGAAGAGGAUGAAGAAGUGGAACAUCGCUCCAGGUAUUUCAUAUGCCUUAGCAACAUCAAGACGCUGCCUGAAAAAUUGGAAGGUUUUUAUUCAUUAGAGCUCUGUCUCAAGCGGUCGCUAGGCGGAAGAUUAUUUUUCCAGUAACUGGCUAUGCGAUUUACAUCGAACUCUAGGGGUGUUAUAACAGACAUACGGAGAUCUUCCAUACAGAGAUAUUUUCAAAGAAGGUUCGAAGCAAAUUCUGGGCUAAUAGUUUACCAAAAUCAUAAUUACCAGCGAAACGUGCUAAUGGAUUAUCGUUAUCUUUUGAGAGGUCAUUUACAUGCAGAUGUUUGAAUUCGCUUGGUUAUAAGUAAUUCAAGCUUCUAGCGAUUGAGUUCCGGCAAUUGCAGCUGCUUUUCCAUAUGGAUUCUGCUUAGAAGGAACUUCUUCCUGGACUAUGAGACCAGGAAACCGACAUCGACAUAUCAAGUCGACCGAGAAUUCUUGCCAUUCACUUCUAUUUUGUCAAAAUAUAUUUGUAGAGUUGAAUUGGAUUGACGUAUGAGGCAACUAGUGAUCCCCAAUAAUCGUUCGAUUUAUCGAUUAAUCGAAUACUUCCUAAAGAUAUCGAUUAUUAAUCGAACGAAUACUGUGCAACCAAUAAUCGAAGCGAACGAAUAAUUUACGUCGAUUAAUCGAUCCAAUUCAAGAGAAAAAAAAGGUACGGCCGUUGCAGUUUUACCCUGAAAUUCAAUCAUUGUCUUUAAUGCUCCGCUAAACUCGUAAACGAAGCUCAAUGCGGUCAACAAUAACUGAACCUCGUUUAUCAGUUUAGGGGAGCGUAUAAGAUAAUAAUUAAUUUUCAGGCGGAAUGAACACUGUUUUGGUCUCAGAUGGCUUUCUAGCAAACGAGAAAUAUUAGUCUAACUAAUUAUUUUUCUCAGUGUGACGAUUAAUCGAUUAAUCGAUUAUUUGGGGCGAUUAAUCGUAUCGAAUAACAAACUGCUGAAAAGUAUUCGAUUAGCUGUUGAACGAUUAAUUUCAAAAAUCGGGGAUCACUAGAGGCAACAUAACAUAGAAAUAACCUUCUGUGGCUCACUGCAUUACGAAAACGAAAACGAAUCGUGUAGACUUUAAGGGCAUUGGAACGGAAACAUCACACACACACACACCCAUAACAACUUACUAGCGCAAUUUAGAAUACCCACAAUACACGAAUAGCCUUCUUUUCCCUAAGGAGAAAACGUCGCGACCUUGGACACACACUAAACAAAAAAAAAUGGUUAAUUCUGUUUCUGUUUUCAAUAAACAAAAAAAAACAAGUUGCAAAUAAAUGAAUUUAGUGCUAAUUCUUGUAUCUAACAUAAGAGAAGAAAAAUCAUACUGUUACGAGAAUUCUUUUUGAACCGUAGUAGAAUAUAAGAGCUCAAAACGACUGACGACAGCAGAGAAAAAUGACCGUGAAACAAAACAAAAAUGAAAUAGGCAAAACAAGCAAAAAAAAAAUCUAGCGUUAAAGAUACAUAAAUAUAUUUUCGAAAAAUGCGCAACCACAAACAUACAUACAUACAUACACACAUCUAAGAAGAUGAAUGAAGCUGAGAAGAUGUUGUCAGUGAUCUUGCUUUUUCUGUUGUCCUAUUUUUUUGCUAUCUCAGUAGGAGCGCGUCAUUAGGUAACGUAAUUACUUCGCGAUAGUUUUGCUUGCUAGUGACUGGAUGUACAUGACGAACAAACACAUUUUUGGCGGAGGUACAUUCAGUCACUGAUGCUUGAAGAGCCAGAUCGUAGCAUAAUAUGCCAGUAUUUAGAGAAUGCUUUCAUAUGGAUUAUUAGCUGAAAUGUAUUCACUUUGAUUAGAGGUUGACAUAGCGAUUGUGUUUGGCGGGUUAUCUUUCCACGUUCGAUGAGUGGUUCGAUCCAACCGGUUUUAUUUUGAUUCCAUUUGUCCGGAAACAAGUCCGGAGAAUAUUUCGUCUACAUUUAUACGGCACUUUUCACCAAAUUUAUCAAUAGGUCAUCAAAGAAGCAUUCAAUCGGCCUACUUUAUGUUUAGAUUGUUUCAGAGAUGGUAGAAAAACGUGAACUAUCAGAUUAAAACCACAGAUAGAUCUAUGUUGGCGACCAACAGAACACCCUUACUGCAGAGGACCAUUAUGUUGGGGAGCCUGGCCGUUAAAAUUCUAAAUCUCCGAUAGCUCCGUUCCAGGCCCCCAACAAUCUAUUUUUACCCUUCGUCAUGUAAACUUUCAACCAAAUUGGAAUAUAAAAUAAAGACUGUAUUCAAAAAGAAUUGGACAAUCUUUGGCAUCGUUGCUUGAUAGGACUUUUGCGUGCUUAUUUAUAAAUUUCUAAAAUUACAGAUUGUUUGAAGGGGCAACCUCUUUCGAUCCAACUUAUUGGCCUUGCACCAUUCUAAGACGAGCCGAGCAUAGCGACAUGCUGUCAAAUCAGGCCGGAACAGUGGAGCGAUUGAUUGUCGGGCAAAAAGGGCAGAGUUUGCUUUUGGAAGCACUCAUCUUAGUAGAUUUGUCCGUUGACAAAUCUUGAUGCAAUGAAUUUCGUCAUUACUUUCACUUUCCAGACAAGUUGUUUUUACGAUUAUCGACAGUUUCUACUCCGUACUGUAUAGGAAGUGCCUAUUCCGGUAUUUUUCUGGUGGUGGUCUUGAUGUAGGUCUCUUCCCCUAUAAUGACGCGAGUUUUUUCCCACCGUCUUCUGUGGUGAGGUAAUAGCAAAUCUGAUCUGCUUGAAUCUAGGAAACGUAAUAGUUUAUCACUCUCAGAAACGAUCGAGCUCCGGUGACGUCUGUUGGCGUGUUGCAAAUUGCUUCAACUUUUGCAGGAUCCGGACGCAGAUCUCGCUCGCGAGGAGGACCUCGAUGAGUGUUGACUGUGAGAAAUUCACGGCAACUUUCAUACUGUCGAUCUUGCAACUCUCCAGCCUAGUGGAGAGCUCUUGCAGUAAAAGAUGUGGGUACUGAUGCGGCUGCAUAGCGCCACUUGCUCUGCGGACAACGACGAUUGGAGCUGCCAACUCUGAGAAAUCGACCAAUUUGAUGAUAUUCGAUCCAACUUCGCAUCGACGGUAUCGGUCGAAACGCUUGGUAUUUGCUCUCCUUCAAUGUGAACUACACCUUCAUCUCCGAGCAUAACCCUGGAUCGCCGCUGAACAUCACGGGAAAUAUGUUUGAAGAGAGCUGAUCGAUGUUGAAUAGCUGCUGAUUUGUUUGCGAAAAUGCUCCAUAAGCACCGGCCCGAUGUUGAGAGUGUCGAUUAGAUCCAGUCCAUACACAUUGAGCUGCUCCUUGACCACGAAGAAUUGUUCCUCCUUCUUGAUCACAAAUUUACUCAAAUUUCUCAAAGCUAUAAGGACUUCCUCCAGAAUGCGACAGCUUGAACUGUUGCAGGACUUGUUGUGAGUUAUCCGAUCUGCCUUCACGUCUGCUCGGAAAUGAUAUCUGUUGCAGUGUCGGGUGGGUAAUUACUUCCGCCUUCGCAAAUCUGCUUUGUUCCCUUUGUUCUUCAGCUUCACGCUUCUUGUAACCAUCGGCCUGGAUGACUACCGCAUGUCUGGGGUCUUCAUUUUUUGGCGCUAAUGCAGUGCCCGUCUUCGUGACUCACCUGACCAUAAUUCUUGAACCGGUUCUUGAGGAAGGAGCAACCCUCGGAAUAGUGCUUGGCACCACACAGUUUCAACAAGGCGUUACUGGACCGGCACCUCGGUGGCGUUUGUCUGUAAUAUACUCCAAGGUAAUAUAAUUCCGCUCCAUGAUUCUACUCAGGAUCCAGAUUCAGACUUCCGUAUCGAUUUUUCCAUCUUCUAAUUCGACACAUAGUUCGUUCACUCGACAAGCACGGAACGUUUUGUAGUCUUCGGUGGCUAGAUCCAUGAUUUGCAAGCACCGGUAUUGUUUGCUGAACACAGACUCUACGAUGCCAAAUUAACUCUUCAGUUUACUCACCAUGUUGUUGAACUUCGUAGGAUUAGGCAAUCUUUAGAAAAAGGUGGGAUCGAUUUUCUAAAUGGCGUAGGGAUCAAUUCACUGAUAAAAUCGGUACCAAGAAUCAAUCUUUGAAAAAUCGAAUUCUUUUUUUCCAAUUUAUUACUUGUUCUAUAUAAGUGUUUCGCAUUUCUAUUCAAACAUUGAAGGCAUUUCAUUUUGAUUCUCAGCAUGAAGGUCACAACAAAAUUUUAAGCCCACAAAAAUUGUAUUUUUGAGGUCAUUAAUCUUGUACCAUCAUGCAAUUAUUCAAUUAAAUAAAUUCUAAUAAUAACCUUCUUGGGGAACUUGGUGUGUAAAAUAAACUUCACUACGGAGCUCACUUCCUUCGCAGGGAAAGUAAAAUACGAAGUCGUUGCUAUCCAGGGUAGUAUAGGUUUCGUCGUCCAUCACCAACGCCACAUCGCGAUUGGUUGGGAAAAUCGACUUGACAAUCUUAUUCAGCCGCAGCCGUUGAGACUUCCGCUUCCUGACAUGUAUGUCCAUGUUCGCCAGGUACUUUUUCACUGUUUGACCGGUUGCACCGACCUCCCGGCCAAGCGCACGCAGCGAUGUAGCCACUUUUCCCUCAAUCUUCCUCUUCAGCACCCUUUGGAGCUUCUUUUUUUAUUAUUAAAUCGUUUAUUUUUACAGGCUCAGUUACAUAAGUUUAAAGGAGCCAAACUCCUGACUGUAUUGUUACAAGUAUAUAUUUUGGAGCUUCUUGUCGUUCAGGGUCGUCGGCAAGAUGUCCGUUUUCGACGCGGCGGGGCACCGUUCUUUGAAUGCGCACACUUCUGAACGGAAUAGCUUUACUGUUUUCUUCAUCACGGUUAGAGUUCGUCUGAUAGAGCUGUAAAUAUUUUUCUGCUGACUCAUGGGUUACUAUGAUUGAUGUUAUAAUUGACGCGCUCGCAACUCGCAACGCCAUGAGUCGAAACAUACGGUCCAGUUUUCUGCGAUUCCGAUGUUCGAAACACAGACCAGGCCGAUAGGGUACAGUAGCUAGAAGACGCCUUUUGCUACUGCAGGUCCAGCGUUGUUUGGCAUUAUCCUCGCUGUCGCCCUGAUGGAUUUUACUCACUCCAUUCUCACAGGUGUAGUCGACGUGGUUGUUUUCCGGCACUGACUGGUGCUGCGUGUUAGACUGUACAUUGAACGAUGACGAACUCUCACUCUUUCUGAUAUGAUUGAUUAAUUUUUUCCCAUUAUACAGACAUUAAACAUCAGACAUGAUUCUUGAAAAAAACCAAUUAGAAGAUCAAUUAUUGUAUGAUCCAGGGAUUAAUUCUACGAUCGAUCGCUUAAAAUUUGAAGAUGUAACCAUUUUGCUACGGAGAUUGACUUUCUCUAGAAUUUUUCAUGUAUUUGUUAUGAUAUUAUUUUAUUAUUAUGCACGCAUUUUAUUAUUAUGCAUGCAGGUGGGGGCUUAGCUGCCAUCAAUGAGCUCAGCGGUAUUAGUAUUGGUAGCGAUCGAUUGAUCGCUAGGGAUGUCCAACUUUCUCCUUUUUGUUACAUUUCCAUACAUUUCCACAUUUCCGCAUUGUUUAACGAUCUAUCGAUCGUUUCUAUGUCAACGGUUCGCGUUUGGAUUUUCAUGGUGACUGCAAAACUUUAUCACUAUUGUUAAUUUUUCUCGAAUACAGUCUUGAUUCGUAUAAUUUUAAAAAAAAUCAUGGUUACUCACAUGGUCUUCCCGCGUGGAUACUGAUUCCGAACGACGUCAGGUAACGUCCACUGGUAAAUCGUUCAAUUCGAGCCAUUCACAGCUCUUCCUCUUUUUUUUUUGAGGAAUAUUGGAAUAAUAUAUCUGAAAAUAAGAAUAGAAAAUAAAAUUUCCCAUGUCGUGCUUAUUUAUAACAUAAUUUAUUCAUUGAGCUUUCAUUGCCGGGAAUGCUAGGCUUGAGAAAAGUACUUGAAUGCUGUAGUCGGUGCUCACAUAUAGCGUAUUUCGUUCGAUCGAUGAAUUGCUAUUCUCAACAACAAGAACAAAGACAACUGAUAGAUAAAAAAAAAGAGUCAUAUUCAACCAUAAAGUCGUCUCACAAACGCUAGCGAAGCAAAUGUCAUAGAAUGAAAAGAAAAAUCACUACCACUCGAACCAUACCGCCGCUCGAAAUCACUCACGCCGGGCGUAAAUAUGUUAGGAUCUCGUUGUUUUUAGCUUUUUCUCUGUAAUUCUAAUCCAAAAAAAACACAUCAAACAAUGAGAAACAAAGAAGGAAAUUGGCGCGAAACAAUUGCAAGCAUAUAACCAAGCUAACAACAACAACAACCACUACAACUACUACUACUACUACAAUUACUACUACCACUACUAACUACUAAACUGACCAGCACCGAAUGAGGGCGCUAGAUAACUGGUUUGUGGCGUAAGUAAAGAAAUACGUUACGUUAGAGAGGGGGUUACUUGUUACAACAAAAUGUCAACAACAACAACAGCAACAAUCACAAACGUGGAGACAAGGGCAAGAAACGCGAAAAUAAAACCGGACAUACACAAAAGUACACAAAACUAAAACAGAUGCUAAAGUUGAUAAAACGACAAAGGAAAAAUGAAAUAAAAAUGUGAUUAUUUGUAUAUUUAUCGGUUGAAUGCAGAGAAGAAAAAUUGCUAAAGAAGAAAAAAAACACAGUAAAAUAGUGCGGAUAAGAUUAUAUUAAUUUAUAUUUAACUUAAGUCAGAAAGAGCGAGGUGAUGAAAAAAAUGAGAAAACGUGCAAAAAAAUAUAUAUAUUGAAAAGACAAAAAAACAAAAAUAAAAAGUGGAAAAUAAGAAAAUCCAAAUUCAAUUAGUCUUUUGUUGUUUUGAAGAAUUGUGGAUACGCGACGGCAGAUUCAAAAUCAUGCUUAUC